AAACUCCAUGUAUAAAAAGACACAAGCACAAAGCAGCUGAGUGUCCUUAAUACAGUGAAUGGAGUAAAAAGCUACUGCAUUGCACAGAUCUCAUCCAGCAAUCCUCACAGUACAAGACACUGCCAAAAUACCGACUUGUCCCUAAAGACAUUGAAAGGAAUAGCCAGCUACACAGGAGUAAACCGGAGCGCCUCUGGCAGUGCAGUGGUUGUGCUCACUACGUAAGUUAUAAGAUCAAAACAAGUGUGUGAAGAAUGAAAGUCAGUGGUCUGUUUGUCCUUGUAGCACUCUGCGCCCAAGAAUAUCAAGUUUAUUUAUUAACUAUCCCUCUGCAAAAUAUUGCCAAGAUGGACAUGCAUAGUAGAGAUGCAGCUGAUGAAAAUUUUGCAAGUAGAAAUGAAGAGGUGACAAACAUAACGGAAAGGUCAUCCAAUGCCGUAAAAGCUCUGCAGAAUCCUGCAAAGCAUCAAAGUUCCUGGAACACAGAGGGAAAUCUAGCAUUUUCUCAGUUUCACAACAUCCAGAAACGUGCACCUCCCACAGCAGUAAACACCAAUGGUAUAAUGCAUUACAUAAACAAACUGAAAGAAUGGCAAACAUUUGAUCAAAAUACUGGGCAAUAUAAAAUAACUGUACCAAGUGAUCUUACAAAUUCAACAGAAUUCUUUUUAAUUCUGAGCCACCUUAACUUGGCAAUUCCUGAGAAAUAUAAUGUCAGUUUUUAUCUUGCUGGUGCAACACGAGAAAUAGAAGUUGGAACAGCAAAAUAUGGAACUGGUCAGCUUUGUAUAUAUCGAGAGGGAAGCUGUACACCUCCUUCAUAUACUGAAACAGUAACAAAACUGCUAAGAAAGACUGAAUUAACAGACCAAGAAAUUGCCCAAAAACUGCUGAGGAGUUUAGAGGAUCCAAAUGAUAAUAAUGCUUGGGACAGGUUUUCAAAAGACCAGGAGAACGCUGCUGUAGAGUUGAUUGCAAUUACUCAGAUUGCUGAGGCAGUGCCAAAACUCCCAUAUAUAAUGGGCGCAUCUGGCCGAACACCAAAAAUGGCUGAGUUUGCAAGGCAAUGUCUGAAAGCAAUUGCAGAUAAAAAAGCCACUUUUAGAAGUGUAUUUUCAAUGAAAGAGAAAUCACUGUACCCAGCUGUAGGAAGGGGAGGGACAGAUAGAGCUAGAAACACUAAUUCUAACCCAUGUGAAGACAUAAUAAAAAUACCAAAAUUGUCUAACUAACUAUUGCAAAAUGGCAGCCAUCUUAAUAAUGACAUUCCAGUAUUCUUUCACUGUGGCUGAUGUUCUUCGUGUUUCACUGUUGCAGUCAUUACAUUUGGGUUCUAUGCUUGCAGGCAGUCCUCAGUUGGC